AUGUUAUCCCGACCAAACAGCCACAAGCGGUCCCAGUCCGCCGGGAAGCGGUCACGAUCGCCCGCGAGGUUUCUGACGAAGAUGAAAUCUACCAAUGCGCUCUCCGAUUUCGAUAGGACUGGCCGAAGGCUUUCACCAGCUGGAUUGGAAGAUCUGCAGGAAAGCGAUUUCAAUACAUUGAGGGACCCUCGAAUGGCAAGCACAUCCGAUCUUACCGGCACUUCGGAUUCAUCGCAUCACCCCGAUCUGAGCAGCGAGGUGGCCACCCUGAGUGCGAAAUUGGUACAGGCAAUAAACAACCAGACGAAUUUGGAUGACUCAUUGUCGGCUACCCGACAAGAAUUGGAGGAGGCGCAGGAAAGACUAUCGGAAUUGGAAUCUGAGAAUGAGAAAUACCGGGCAGAUAUCUCUAGCGGAAUCAUGAUUAAACGAAGUGAUGUCGAAGCGGAAAUUUUAUCCAUGAAACAGACGCUUGACGAAGAACGUGCAAAGCGGACAGCUGCUGAAAAGGAGAAGAGAGAGAUGGAGCAGGAGUUGGAGACAUUGACUGCUGCUCUGUUUGAAGAAGCUAAUAAGAUGGUUGCUGCUGCAAAGCAAGAGCGGGAAGCUGUUGAGAAGAAGAAUGAACAGCUUCGUGCCCAAAUCAAGGAUACCGAAGCCUUGGUUGCCUCUCAGAAGGAGCAACUUGCGGAAUUGAAGACAGUAAUGCAAGAGAUGAACUCCGGUCGCGACGAUAACGAUGCCACGCCUAAUCCAUCGACAGCCCCUACAUCACCAGCGAUCGCGAUGCAAUCGAGUGUAGGCCGCUUUUUAGAUGGCUCUCAUUCAMCSCCCGCCACUCCUGUGCUUAAUGAAAUUCUACCUGCACCUUCAACGUCCUUUUCUCAUUUGAUAAAGCCCAUAUACCGCACAGAUAUGGUUGCAUAUGACGAUUUCCGUGAGUUAUUGGAUUUCGCUACUGCUUCCAAACCGCCUAGCCGGGUUGCUAGUGGCUCAUAUGGCGGCUUGAACGUCAUGGGCCUAGCCGGCUUGACUUCAAGCAGCAGCUCAAAUGUUGCGUCUGGUACUCCCGGCAAUAGUCAAUCUCAUACCCCUGCUGGAAGUCCCCAAACAAACGUUUCUCAUACGCCCUUGAAGGAUACGCGGUUCUACAAACGAGUUCUCGUUGAGGACUUUGAACCCACUCUGCGUUUAGAUGCCGCUCCGUCCAUCUCUUGGCUCACACGCAGAUCUGUUAUCAGCAGCCUUUGCGACGGUACACUGAUUGUGGAGCCUAUGCCUGCAAGCCAUAAAAAGUAUCAAUUCCCCUGUGGUCUCUGUGGCGAGCGCCGACUAGGCGAUGUCAACGAACGUACUCAUCGUUUCCGCACAUCAGACAACGAAAGUGCUCAGCGAUACUCUCUAUGUGUCCUUUGUCUUGAAAAGGUUCGCGCUUGCUGUGAGUUCGCCGGGUAUCUCAGAAUGAUUCUCGAUGGCCAUGUGCAUGUUUCAGACGUAGAGGAAGAGAAGGAAGCAUGGGAAGAGACUAUUCGUUUGCGAGAGAGGAUUUUUUGGUCACGGUUCGGCGGCGGUGUUGUACCGUUUUUCGCUCCUGUCGAAGAUGCAGAGAAAUCGUUGCCUGUACCGGGCCCAGCUGAGGUAGAGGCUGGUGUUGAGGAAAAUGAGCCGAAGUCGGAAAGUGAGGUUGUUUCAAAUGCUACCGACGAAAAAAUCGAUAAGGUGCCUCCUGCUUUACCUCCAAGAAAUGUCGACCGUGUGGCGGUUUUGCCAAACUCUGAGGUCAAGGAGGCAUUAUUUGUUGACACUGCGGUCCAAGCCGAUGGACAACUCGACGGCGCCCAUGUUGUUUCAGGUGACUUGGAUGAUACCGAAGCAGAGAAGCAACUGCGCACCGACUUGGAGACAACACUUCCCGACGCGUCGCAUUCCAAGAAGAAUUCCGAGUCAACACCUCCGCAUACCAACGAUCACGCGGAGUCGGAGAAUAACGAUUCAGAGGAUGCAAAAGCCAUGCCAGGUGCUUUUGAUUGA